AUGGCAUCGCCUCCUAAUGAGGUGUUCGACUCCAGCGUGCCGGCAUCUUUGCCUUCGUUUCCUGACCACAGAAAUGAAUCCCUGGAAGAUCAGACAUUACUGAUCCUUGCUGGACUGAUGGAACCUGGAAAAGAGGACGAAGAUACUUGUAGGGAGUUAGACGCUCUCACGAAGCUGCUCAGCGAUGAUUCGGCAGAAGAAACUAGAUCAUCGGUGCCUCAUUCCCCGCUUUAUCAGUUGAUUGAUGCAGACUUGGUUGAGACCAUUCUAGGUUUCCUUGAUAUGAGGCAAUCACCAACUGUUCGAGGUCACGCAACUUUGACUACAUCGGCCUAUCUCAAGGCCGCCGGUGACCAGGGCGUCGAGUAUCUGUCCCAAUUCUUCUAUUCUCGAGUCGGCAAAGCAACAUAUGAUGAUUUUAUUCUAGCCUUUUCUGUUGCGUCCUCGAUUUUUCCAGUUGUUCCCGACGUCAUUGCAACGCUCUUUCUGAGUGAAGGAUUUAUUCCCAGUCUCGGCGCGUUGAUGAAAAGGAAAUGGAAGAGUAAGAAGGUUGAGCAAGCUACGUUGGAAAUGCUGAAUGUAGCAUGCAUGAAUGCUGCUUGCCGUGAGGCCAUUAAAAAAUACUGUACGGAAUGGCUGGAGGAGAUAGUCAACGAUAUUCCUUCAAGUCAUGCCGAUGUUCCUCCUGCGGACAGGGCUAUGGCUGUCGAAGAUGGAUCCAUACAACAACGUAUCCAUUCCGAGCCCGUUAGGAAUCUAGCAGCGGUUGUGCUGGCGAAGCUGCAAGCUGUCCCUGCCGCACCAGCUGCUGGUACGGAAGAGCGUAUACAACCCGUUACCACGAGUAUGGAGGAGCUCUCUGACAUGUUCAAGAAUAUGCUAUCUACAGAUACAUCCCAACAAACUUCAAUAGAAGGCUUAGCAUAUGCAUCUCUGCAACCGAAAGUCAAAGAGAAACUCGCUUCUGACAAGGACUUUUUAAAGAAUCUCAUCAAUGCCUUAGCAGAGGCACCUGCCAAGUCUCCCACAACGUACGGAGCUCUAACCACUCUCGUCAACCUCACCAGCUAUAUGCCUACUUUAUCAGAAGAGCAAAAACGGAUAAGCCAGCUAAAGGCAUAUGCAAAUGCCUCUAAAAGUCCUUCAGGUCCAGACCCCUUAAGUGAUGAUGAUCACGCCACAAAACGGUGUCUAGCUGUGUUUGAGGCUGGCGUUAUCCCGGUUCUCGUGACGCAUAGUCAACAUGGAUCAACAGCCUCCCUCGGUUUGGUGGUAUCGAUAAUUUUCUCACUCUCUCGGACCGCUAAAAUUCGAGGGAUGAUGGCCCAACAAGGCGCUGUCAGACUUCUCUUACACGUCUACUCAGUUUUCGCCUCGGAUAAUGUCGCAGCAAGACGCACAACAUCACAUGCCCUAGCCCGAAUUCUCAUAACCACAAAUCCUCUCUAUGUCUUUGGAGGCUCCAAUCCUCUCUCUGUUACAUCCGCCAUCCGACCUCUCAUCCUCCUCCUCUCUGAUGACCCCACUGUGGAACACCGCGAUCUCCUACCAGUAUUUGAAUCCCUCCUAGCACUCACAAACCUCGCAUCCACCGACGACACCGCCCGCAAUCCAAUAAUACGUCUCGCCUUCCCCCAGAUUGAAGAGCUCCUCCUAUCAAACAACGCAAUGGUCACACGGGCAACCGUUGAACUCAUCUGCAACCUCAUGCAAUCCCCCGAAGGCGUGGCUAAAUUCGCAGACGGAUCAAAACCAGCAAGUCAGCGAAUGCACAUCCUAUUAGCCCUAACAGACUCCGAGGACCUAGCAACCAGGCGAGCGGCAGGCGGCGCACUAGCCAGCCUCACGGAAUGGGAUACUGCCGUCAACGCAAUCCUGGAGAGGGACCGGGGCGUGAAAUUCCUCCUGGGGUUAUGCAAGGAGGAUUCAGAAGAGUUGAUGCACCGGGGGGCUGUCUGUAUAUCGAACGUUUUGACAGCUCCGGGGAAAGUUGGGGAAUGGGGGGUCAAGAAAGUAAGGGAUGAAGGAGGCGUGGAUGUUCUUAAAGGGUGUCUGAAGCGAUCUAGGAACCAGGAGGUCUUGGAGACGGCCGUUGCUGCGCUGAAGAAGCUUCUUGAAGAUGAACUCUCAAGCACGGGACAAAAGCAAAUAUCGUAA